AUGUACGCAAAUACUCGACGUAAAAUUUUAUCAGCUGCUGAUAAAGCAGCCAAUACAGUUAUUUUCGCUGUUGGGCCAGUAUUCAUUUUUUUUGCAGUACUAUUAAUUGGACUAGCUACAGUAGUUUAUUUUUCAGUAGUAUUUCCCUCCUUUUAUAUUUGGGACGAAGAUUAUUUUUGGUCAAAACCAGGUGGAGUAUUGAGUAAUACAAUAAAGGGACAAUUGGUGAGCGGUCAUCUUCCCAAACCAGAAAGAGCACAUCAUUGUUCAGUCUGUAAAAAAUGUGUAUUAAAAUUCGAUCAUCAUUGUCCCUGGAUAGCAAAUUGUGUGGGACAUUAUAAUCAUCGAUAUUUUGUAUUAUUCAUGACUUAUUUGGUGAUUGGAUGUUUCUAUUUCGCUUUAGUUGGAUGGAACGAAUUUUUAUCUUGUUUGGAUAUUGAUUCUGAGUGGGAAUGGUGGAUGCCACGUCCAUAUAUGGCAUUAUCAUUCUUACUUGCAAUUGCGAUCGGAAUUGCUCUUGGUGGAAUGUGUUUAUGGCAUUAUUAUCUGAUUUUGACAGCACAAACAACAGUAGAAUUUUAUAACAAUUCAUAUGCAAAAAGUGCAGCAAAAUCAAAAGGAGAAGUAUACAAGAAUCCAUAUAAUCUUGGACCUUUAAUCAAUUUAUGUCAAUUCUUUAAUGUUGGAAAUAAUUUGUAA